AAUAAACGUAGCUGCAAAGCUCGUACUCAAACCUAUAGCGCAUCCCGAGAUUGUGUGAUCAAUCUGCGCAUUCUCCGAAAUACUAAUUAAAUCUAAAAGUUUUAAGCCCUACUGCGAUAUCAGCGAUGUCCGAGUCAUCCGUUAGCACGGCAUAUAUCUCAGCAUCUACCAAUCGCUUCAACCAUGCUGCAGAUGCCUCCACCUCAUCUCUGAUUGCCUGUGGAUCAGGCAAAUCAAUCGCUCUGUGGAACACUCAAGACACAGAUGGCAAAGGUGUCUUCCAGACACUGCCCGGUCACCAGGGCCUAGUAACCUGCGUUCGUUUUGUGGCUUCGGACACGUUUGCUAGUGCGGAUGACAAGGGGACAGUCCGCUACUGGAGAUUAUUUGGGACAGAGUGGAGGACCACCGUGAGCAUGCAAGCUCACCAACAACCCAUCUCUGUACUUCGCACGUUCGACAAAAUCCUGCUUACCGGAAGUUCAGACUCUUCCAUCAAAAUCUGGGAGGUGCAACGCGGUGAUGUCAAUGAUGAGGUGAAGGAGCUCCAAACCAUCUCUCUUCAAGGGUAUUAUCCUUUGUCCCUAGCACUCGCAUUUCUGCCAUCUUCUGAAGCGAUAAUACUUGCUAUUGGCGGAACCGACCGCAAAGUUCACAUCUGGACGCGCUCUGACGGACCAUUUAUUCGUUCAGUCACCCUGUCUGGACAUGAAGACUGGAUACGUGCACUGGCAUUCCGAGCUCCAUCAACUCCAAAUGAUCCUCUCGUGCUCGCCUCAGGCUCACAAGACGGAACCAUCCGACUUUGGAAUGUGGAAUCCUUCAUUAAAAUGCAGGCCCAGUCACAGACUCAUACAAAAGACUCGGGAGACGAUCUCAGUGACGAUCUCCUGGACGCAUUUGAAGCUUCACUAGGAGAUCUGGGUGCAGACGCAGAGGAGGGCGGCAGACAGAUUUCACUUAAACGGCAUAUUCUUACCGUCAAAUCGAGUUCUGGGACGCAACAAUACUCUAUCACAUUCGAUGCUCUCCUGAUCGGCCACGAGGCAGGAGUUACGUCGCUUUCUUGGUCUCCUUCGAAUAUGACACUGCUAUCUACGUCAACGGACUCCUCUCUCAUCCUAUGGGCCCCUAGCUCGAUCGUCUCCACUGCAUAUUCUUCAUCGACAUCAUCUAUCUGGAUUAAUAUACAACGCUUCGGUGACGUGGGAGGUCAACGUCUCGGCGGCUUUAUUGGAGGUCUUUGGUCCAACAAUGGCACCGAAGCCAUGGCAUGGGGUUGGAGUGGAGGCUGGCGACGGUGGCGUCGCAUCGCAAGUGAUAGCCACGGUGGAACAGCUGGCGAGGAGUGGGAAGAGGUCGGUGCGAUCAGCGGCCACAGCGGUGCAGUAAAGGGCCUCGACUGGAGCCCAAAAGGAGAAUAUCUGGUAUCUGUGGGGCUGGACCAGACAACGCGCAUUCAUGGUGCUAUUACAUCCUCUGCCCCUGAGCAGAGCGUUUGGCAUGAGCUGUCACGCCCUCAGGUACAUGGCUAUGACCUAAUGGGUGCAGCAUGGCUCGGUCCUUGGACUUUUGCGAGCGUUGCCGAUGAGAAGGUCGCACGAGUAUUUGAAGCUCCACGAAAUUUCGUCGAGGAGGUUCGGGUACUGGAAGUAAAGGAUCUAGCCGAGAGCGAUGGUGAUAGACCGGCGACGGCUAGUGUGCCUCCUCUUGGGCUGUCGAACAAGGCUGUCGGUGAUGCACCUUCAGAACUGGACAUAAGCAGACCUCGCAGGCGCCCUUUUGAGGGAGAGCUGGCGUCCAUCACCCUCUGGCCCGAAAUAGAAAAAGUCUUUGGGCAUGGGUAUGAGUCAAUCACAAUUUCAGCUUCUAACUCGCUUGGCCUUCUUGCGACUGCUUGCCGUGCAACCUCACCGCAGCAUGCCGUUGUUCGCGUGUACACCACAGCUGGCUACCAGCCAUUUGGUGCCCCUCUCGAAGGUCAUAGCCUGACAGUCACACGCAUAGCAUUCAGCCCACCAGACGAUAAGUAUGUCCUCACUGUAAGUCGUGAUCGAACGUGGAGGCUAUUCGAGAAGAAAGAAAAUGGUUAUUUGCCCAUAGCCGCAGAUAAAUCUCACGGAAGAAUCAUAUGGGAUUGCGCAUGGAGCUGCGAAGGCGACCUUUUUGCUACCGCGUCUCGCGAUAAGACCGUAAAAAUAUGGAAGCAGGACUCGGACUCUGCUCGAUGGGGAGCCAUCACGACAAUGAAAUUUGAAGAAGCAGCAACCGCUGUCGCUUUUUGUUCUGCCGGUGCUGAUGCGCAAAAACGCUGGCUUGCGGUUGGAUUAGAGACAGGAGAGAUUAAGAUAUAUUCGAACUUGAUGUCCACACCAGGUCAGUGGACACCAGUGUUGACCAUCAACUCAAAUUUGGCACAUGUUGAUCAGAUCAACCACUUGGCAUGGAGAGCAACUGACAACCCAUCGAGGAAGCAGCUGGCGUCCUGCAGCGAAGAUGGUACACUGAAAGUAUUGAUUGUCCAAUUUGAAGUAGAUUAAAGUACGUUGAUAGACACACUAAGCUCCACAGUAGAAAAUCGACAUAGAGAAUGGACAUAAAACACAGUAAGCCGAUUCGCAAGGAAAACGUAGUGAAGACAAGAAUGAAAAGACUGCUAUACAGUGGUCAGUGUCGAGAAGACUGGAUACCAAGUAGUGAUGGAAACAGUGUCAGUACGGAAACAUCUGAGUUGAUAACGCUAAAGGAAUGCCAUAUAUAGGGGUAUAAAACAGAAUUGCGCCAUGGCAGGGCACCUGCCUGGGUAAGUGAUACGUUAGCAGGUAUAACAACACAUCGGAAAGUGACUAAAGCAGGGCCCGUGAAAAUAGAGAUACAUGAACGCCAAGCGCGUGUUUAGAUGAUAUCGCGAAGACUCAGUGGGACUUCAGGCUGUCGAA